AAAUUCUUACGUUACAUAAAAUUUUAAACACACUUUUCCACGGAUUUCCGCAAUAGUUUUCGGCCUUUUCAGUUGGAUUUGGACGACUUCGAGUCCCAGGAUCGAGAUUGAGUGAGCAGGAUGUGCAAGUAUCUGAAAACUGCAUGAUAAACGUGCUGCUCCAUUCACCAGGGCGCCAAGUAGACGAAAUCAAUCAUCCAAAAUCUGAGACAAAAUUCAGCUUUAUUUCUAGAUUGCGGUUUUCCGUAGUGUAAUUCGUAGUCGAGCUAUUCGUGUCACCCAUUGCGGAUGAGCUAGAACUCACUCCGCACUCCGAUUGCAGCAUUAUUUCGCAGACAUAUCCAUAGGCAAAAUCGAUAAGCCUCAGGUCGAACGCUUUUCUUGACACCACCGCGGCCGCCGCCAUCUGUCUCCACUCACCAUCCCACCACCAUCUGCUCUGUGUAAACUCGUAGCCCAUCGCCAGCAUUCACCAUGUCAUUCAUAGCCAAAUUGAAAGCCACGCCACUGCCACCGCUGAAGAACAUACUGAACGUGGCCGUGCAAACGGCCCGACAGCAAAUUCCAGAGCGCAAGGAGUACGAGCAGCCCGGCAGCAGCCAACAGAGGCCCCAUCAGCCACACCAAAACUUCGCCAACGGCCACGGCCAGGCUAUGGACACGGGCAUGGACGGCGGUGACCAGACCACGGAGAUGAGCUCGAAUCCAUUCCGGAAUACGGGCAACUGGUCAAACGAAGGCGAUGCCGAAGGCGAGGGCGACUACAAGAACGAGUACCAGAGCACAACCUUCAACGAGUACGACGGGAGAUACCAGCAGACGGACGGCUUCAGGCAAGGAAGCAUCGCCUCAGAGGGCAGCUCGUUUGUCUGCGAGGGAGAAGGUGGCGGCGGCUGCAAGAUCGACGAAUAUCAGGCGGCAUGGAACGUGACCAACGCUAUCCAAGGCAUGUUCAUCGUAUCGUUGCCCUUCGCCGUGCUCCACGGCGGCUACUGGGCCAUCAUUGCCAUGGUGGGCAUUGCACACAUCUGCUGCUACACGGGAAAGGUGCUUGUGCAGUGCCUCUAUGAGCCGGACCCCACCACCGGCCAGAUGGUGCGAGUGCGCGACAGCUACGUGGCCAUUGCCAAGGUAUGUUUCGGGCCCAAACUGGGGGCCAGGGCCGUCAGCAUCGCCCAGCUGAUCGAGCUCCUGAUGACCUGCAUCCUCUAUGUGGUGGUCUGCGGUGACCUGCUGGCGGGCACCUAUCCGACGGGCUCGUUCGACUCCCGAUCUUGGAUGCUGUUUGUGGGCAUCUUCUUACUGCCGAUGGGCUUCCUCAAGUCCCUGAAGAUGGUCUCGACCCUGUCCUUUUGGUGCACCAUGUCCCACAUCGUGAUAAACGCGGUGAUCCUCGGCUACUGCCUGCUGCAGAUCGGCGACUGGGGCUGGUCGAAGGUGCGCUUCAGCAUCGACAUGGAGAACUUCCCCAUCUCGCUGGGCGUGAUCGUCUUCUCCUACACCUCCCAGAUUUUCCUGCCCACGCUCGAGGGCAACAUGACGGACCGCUCCAAGUUCAACUGGAUGCUCGAUUGGUCGCAUAUCGCGGCGGCCGUGUUCAAGGCCGGGUUUGGGUACAUCUGCUUUCUGACCUUCCAGAACGACACGCAGCAGGUGAUUACCAACAACUUGCACUCGCAGGGCUUCAAGGGUAUGGUGAACUUCUUCCUGGUAAUCAAGGCCAUCCUCAGCUACCCCUUGCCAUACUACGCCGCCUGCGAGUUGCUCGAGCGGAACUUCUUCCGCGGCCAGCCGAAGACCAAGCUCCCCACCAUCUGGAACCUCGACGGAGAGCUGAAAGUCUGGGGUCUGGGCUUCCGUGUGGCCGUCAUCGUAUCGACCAUCCUGGUGGCCAUCUUCAUUCCCCACUUCUCUAUCCUGAUGGGCUUCAUUGGCAGCUUCACGGGCACCAUGCUCAGCUUCAUCUGGCCCUGCUAUUUCCACAUCAAGAUUAAGGGUCACCUGCUCGACCAGAAGGAAUUAGCUAAAGACUACCUCAUCAUUGCCCUAGGCGUGCUCUUCGGCGUUAUCGGCAUCUACGAUUCGGGUAAUGCCAUGAUAAAUGCAUUCGAGAUCGGUCUUCCGUUCUAAGUUGUAUCCACUAUUUACACAUCCACCAAUCGAAGUAGAUCUAGGCUUAUUGGUCCUCUCGGGCAUGGCAUGUCUUCCAGUUGCUACGGCAUCAUCUGGCUGUGCCCAAAGGUGUUCCAAAAUCCUAGAUCUGUUCAUCAAAAAAACUCGAAACGAAAAAAAUAAUAAUAGUCUAUAAGAAACGAAGCGAAACGCAAGUCUUCCAAACAAGCGAACAAAUGUCUUCCAAACACGUAUAAUAAUGAUUUAUCAUAUAUGAUGAAGUAAAGGAUAAGUGAAUCGAUUGAUAUAUAAUUAAAUAUAUACACAUACGAAAAGAGAAAUAUUUAUUGUACUAACGCGCAUUAUAAAAUAUAGAAAAAUUUAAGAAAUUUAAUAAUAAACUGUACACCAUUAUACAGAUACGGAUCUAAAUGUUAUAGAUAGAAACCAUUGUGAAGAUUUUUUUAACGUUUAAAUAUACAGUUACCUAUACACACUAGUCCUAAAAACGACACUAGCCUAUUUUAAACUCUCAAUAAAGACGUCAUCUCUCAAGUUGA